CGUGCGCCCGACUCGCUGUCGGGGAUGGAGAGCGGCGGUGGCGGUGGCAGCGGCGGCGCGCUGAACGGCGGAGACGACCAGAGAAAGAUGAGCUCGGCACGGAGAAGAGCCGAACUCCGCCGGAGGAAGCUGCUCCUAAACUCGGAGGAUCGGCUGAACCGAAUCAUGGGCUUCAACAAAAACGGGGCGGAAGAAGGGAACCGAGCAGAUUCUCUUCCACCAUAUGAACUGGAGAAAACAGAAUCUCUGCUGACUUCGGGCUUAUCCAAAAGAACUCCAGGAAUUCCAGACGAAACUGAUGGUUCAGUGGCAUCCAUUCAUUAUGCUAAUGGAACAGAGAGUCAAGGGCCAUAUUCUGCAGACAGAAAAGACUCAAUUAACAAAACUAAUGAGGCUGACGUUGAUUUGGGUCCGGGAAGUCAGGACCUGGGAACAUCAGAGUUGCCACUGGAGAAUUCUCCCCGCCGUGGUAUUGAGCAGUAUAUAUCACGCUUUGAUGAAGCAAUGAAACUUCGAAAUCAGCUGAUGAGUGAAAAGCCUGUUCAGGAGAAUGGAGGUGAAAAUGAAGAAUUUGGCACAUUUCGGGUUUUCCGCUUGGUGGGUAGUGCUCUUCUAGCCUUAAUGGUUAGAAUCUUUGUAUGCAGAUAUCUGGCCAUUUUUGCUCCCUUUUUGACUCUUCAACUUGCAUAUAUUGGUCUAUCAAAGUACUUUCCGAAGAGUGAGAAGAAGGUAAAGACAACGGUAUUGACUGCAGCCUUGCUUCUGUCAGGAAUCCCUGCAGAAGUCAUCAAUCGCUCAAUGGAUACAUAUGGGAAAAUGGGAGAUGUAUUUGCAGAUCUUUGUGUCUAUUUUUUCACCUUUAUCUUCUCCCAUGAAAUCCUUCUCUUUCUUGGAGUUGAUGUACCUUGACUUCAUUCAGCACAGGAGGGAAGGGAAAAGUGAGAAAAGUUUUUUUUCAUUUAACUUUGCGGUAUGUACUUCUGUGCCGUUCAUUCCUUUAGACUUAACAGGCACUGGUCUUUCAGGCUAUUGGAGGCUUUCAGUUACUUUUAUCCCGCGGAUCAAUUCACUCAAAUAAUAGUUGAAGGAAAAAUAAGAUUCAGCAAAAAAAAUAAGCUGUGUGGUUGGAAAGCCAUAAUGAAAGAACUUCAAGAAAUAUUUUACCUUUAAUCCAUUUUUGCAAAGUUUGUUACGACUACUAGUUUAAACAAAAGCAGUUCAGAAUGCACUGAGAACCUCACUUUGCCUGUAUAUCAUAUUAUAUCUGUAUGAUUAGCACAAGCCAUUUGGUGAUGCAAAGAGAACUAAGAAUACAACAAAAGAGUGUAUCAUUUUGAAAAGUUGACACUAUAAAUGACUGUUUAUCUGAUGUUUGUUUCUACAGUUUGGGACUCUGUUUGAAUGAAAAGUUCAGUGUGAACUUGUUCAAAGUUGAAAGUUUAAUUGUUCAGUGUGUUUAUUCUUUCAUUGUGCAUAUUGUGAUUAAAUUAUUUCACCCAGUUUUCGUAUUUAUAUUAGAUUUUGUGUUUUCUGUAAGCCGUUCAAGAGCAUAGUGAAUGUUUUUAUUUUGCAAUGCAAAAUCAAUUAAAAGUUAGGCGCACAACAAUUUACAUAUUUAGUCUAAUUAUUUGUGUAAAUCUCUGCAAUAAAACUGCCAUUGAUAUAACGGUUUACUUGACAGCCAGCACUAAAGUUUUGUAUUUAUGUGACUUUGUAGUGUAGAUGAUACAUGGGUAUUCUCAACACUAUUCAGUCUCUGUUGCCCUCCAGCAAAGGGGCAGGAUGAAUCAACAAGGAAGUCAUGUAUAACAACAGCAGUGAAUUUUUUUCUCUAUAUACUGGGUGCUUGCGUGAUACGUGAAGGGGAAUAUGCCUCUCUAUUUGAGUGGCUGCAGAGUUAUGUCACAUUAUGAUGAGGUAAAUGCUGGAAUCUUGAAUAAAAUCCUGUUACAUAGUUCAAACCAUUUUCAUUUUCCUUUUGAUUUGGUGUCUGUUAUUGUUUUCUAAAUCAUGCUGUUUAAUACUAGAAGAUGUAUUAAAGGUUAAUUUGAUUGCGAGGCAAUCAUAUCAAGUUCAGACUUCACUACAUUAAACAUUUAAAUGAGAAAUUGCUACUAGUUAAAUUGUGAACCAUUACUGUAAAGAGGUACUUAAAAAUAAUAUUCAUGUAUGCAUGUGGGUUUUUAAAAAAUCUUGGUGAAGCUGCUGUAUAGCAUGUGAUUUUGUUCAGUAAGAGGCAACUCCCAAGAUCCUAUGUUGUCAAAACCAAUGUGUGGCAGUGAUGAGCAGCUCAUGGGAAAAGCAACUUUGAAGUGAAGGAGAGCUGCCAUAUCUUAUAAAUACAUUGUAAAACUAUCAAUAUGUAUUUCCUUGAAUGAAUCUUUAAGCAAAUAACCUGUCACUUCAGGUUAAUUGAAUUUUUAUUUUAAACCAUUCUUUAAUCUGGUUUAAAAAAAGAACAAAUCCUGUGCUUACAAAUGUUGCUUUGGUUGAAUUUAGUGAAUGAUGAUGAGUGGAUCUUUUUGUUGAAUUUAGUUUGCACCCCAUGUUACCAUUUAUCAUUACUCUGUAAAAGAAACUUAAUUAAAUGUUUGAUAUACUAUC